AUGGUACCCAGGAAAAUCUGGACAUCUCGUAAAAAGAGUUUGAAGAGAAACCAUCAUUUGAAAAAUGGUGAUCUACCGUCUGAAGGAACGUCCACAUUUAAUACAUUUGAUUCGAAAUCUGUGAUGGGUGCAGUUAAAAAGGCAAAACGUAAGAUUGUACCAGAUCCCAAUUUUACAAACAACCUACACAAUAAAGGACUACAGCAUUAUGAGGAUAAGCUAUCACCUUUGUUCACUAAUUCAUAUCAUGGGGUAAACUACAAAUCAAUCAAUUCCAACAACAAACAACUAUUGAAAUCACCAGUGGCAUUGCAGCAUGCAUUAAGUAUACCCGUUGAAGCAAUAUUGAACCUAAACGUUCGACCUGGAGAGCCAUAUUUCGUCGUCUGGUUUUUAAUUUCCAGUUAUUUCCCUUUAAUUGCUGCAUGUUUGGGACCACUAGCCAAUAUGGUUUCGAUAGUGGCAUUAGUCGAACAUUGGAAAGUCAAAAAGUCCACAGGAAGAAUGGUUUCAGACCGUCCAGAGGUUGUGGUGAUGAAUGCAUUAUCAUUAGCAUUGGGGAUUCUUGGAAACAUAUCCUUGUUGAUGAAUUUUUCAAGAUCAAUAAAGUACUUGAUAACCCAAACAGUGUCCAUACUAUCGUGGUGUUUUGCCAGUGCAUUCCUUGCUGCAGCUAUAUUAGUUACACGACACGAUUUUAAAGGUGCUAAUGCAGAGUAUAAGCCAUCAGAAGGUUUUUACUAUGCUGCAUUUACAGCAGGGUUUUAUUUCACGUGUAUGGUAAUUUUGGCAAUCAAUUUUAUGGGAUACAGGUUAAACAAGUACCCUCCCACAUUCAAUUUGGAUCAAAAACAAAGAACGCUAAUGUUUUAUACAAUUUGGUUCGCCACAUGGUCUGUCAUUGGUGCAUUGGUGAUGGGGAAUUUAAUUGACGGGUUAUCGUAUGGAAGUGCAUUAUACUACUGUAUUGUCUCAUUUUUAACUGUAGGACUAGGUGAUAUUUUACCCAAAUCAGCAGGGGCAAAAGUAGCAGUUUUGGUAUUUUCAUUGAUUGGUGUGUUAGUUAUGGGUUUAAUAGUAGCUACUUUGCGGGCGGUCAUUUUGUCGUCUGCGGCGCCUGUUAUAUUUUGGCACAAUAUUGAAAUUGCAAGAGUAAAGCUAAUCAAGGAAUUAGAGGCAAAGAACAUUUACCUAAGUGGUGCAGAAGCUUUCCACAAAAUGAGAGUUCUUCGACGCAAAGUUAAAGCAAGACAUAAUAGAACGUCUCUUAUGAUCACAAUUGCUGUUUUUAUGCUAUUUUGGUUAGUUGGAGCAGUGAUAUUUCAACACAUCGAAGGUUGGUCUUAUUUCAAUUCCUUAUAUUUCUGUUUCUUAUGUUUGAUCACAAUUGGAUAUGGAGACUUUGCACCAAAGACAAGCUUAGGUAGAGUAUUCUUUGUUUCGUGGGCAGUUGGAGCAGUACCCUUGAUGACUAUUUUGGUUUCCAAUGUGGGGGAUACGCUUUAUGCCGUGUGUAAUGAUAUAACAGCGUGGUUCUCGACGUGGAUGUUCUCGACUCAAAGAGAGUACGAAGAAGUUAAACGGUUAAGGAAAAAGUUAAAAGAAGAUCAAGAUGAGGACAUUUCCGUAAACUCUGAAGCGGUACAUCGUGAAGAAGAAGAAGAAGAUCGUGAUAUGGAAUCCUUGGAUGAGUUACAGAACACAUUAGAAGAAGAUUAUGAUGAUCAAGUGCAAGAAGAAGAAGAAGAGGAAGAUAAUGAUGAUGAAGAGCAAGGAGAAUCUGAUGCAUCCGAAAAUACCCCACUUAGUAUUCCAUUUAGUAAAUCUUAUGACGUUGAUUCUGGCAGGCCCAGAAGACGUCCACUUGAAAUUAGUGAAGUUAACGAGCUACGUAAACGAGUGGAAUUAAAAAAGAAAGCACACUUGACAUUGUUGGAGUAUUUGGAAAGGUUGAAGCCGUUGAUAAGUGAUAGUAUUGAAUCACCCAAGAGAAAGUACACCCAUCAGCAAUGGAGUGAAUUAUUACGAGCCUUGGGUGCAGACGAGAAAUCUGAGAGUAAAGGUUAUGAUGGAUUUUGGUUAGGUGAUCUUUCACCAUUAAGAUUGCCAUUGGUAGAGCCUAAUUAUUUGGUACUUAAAUUUUAUUUUCGAAUAGAAAUGAUGUUGAGAGAUAUGGUUGACUUGGAAAUUCGGGAUUUGCAAUUACUUACAACCCGUGAUGACACAAGCCAAAAUAGUUCAAUAUCUGAUCUUGGAUUCAGUACCGGAAAAGAAGUCAGGUUUGAUGAUGAUUGA